AUGAACUUUGCCACAGGAAGAUGGUUCUGUCUGCCAUUGGGGUGUAUGGUGCUGAUCAGUCUGAUUAAUGCGGAUUUUGAAUUUCAAAAGGGAGUGCUUGCCAGUGUCAGCCCAGGGAUCACGGAAGACAUCGAUCUCCAGUGCUGGAACUCUUGCUCUCUGACACUGAUAGAUCUCAAGGAACUCAAGAUAGAGCACAAUGUGAACGCUUUCUGGAAUUUCAUGUUGUUCUUGCAAAAAUCCCAGUGGCCUAGACAUUAUAAUGUCUUCUUAAGCAUAGCUCAGGAUUUCUGGGACAUGUAUGUAGACUGCUUGCUUUCAAGGUCUCAUGGAAUGGGCAGAAGACAGGUGAUGCCUCCCAAGUAUAAUUUUCCACAGAAGAUAACAGGAGGUAAUUUAAAUGUCUACUUAAGAGAGUAA